AUGGCAAGUGCAGUCAUGCAUAGGGAAUCCCAAUUCCAGCAGCAUCACUCCAUGGAAUUCUCCAGUUCCAGCUCCAGUUCAGUGCAUGUAUCCCAAACAACCAAAAUUGUGGAAGAGGAGAUGGUUUCUCGGAAAUCCUCUGCUGUUGUGGAGUCCUUCAGCAUGGUCUCCCAUUCCUUUGAGAUCCCUGCUGGAGAGAGUAUCCCAGAAUUUGUGGAGAAACCUCACCCCCUGACAGCCCCAGAAGGAGACAAGGCCGUAUUUCGCGCCAAAGUGAAAGGCAACCCUAAACCCACAGUGGCAUGGAAGAGGGAAAGUGGGCUGCCGAUCAAGGAAGGAUCAAAGAUGUUUUUUGACAGCAUCAAUAAGGAGUAUGUCCUGAAGCUGGAAAGCCUCACAUCAGAUGAUGCUGACAAUUACAAGUGCAUCGUUUCCAAUGAGCACGCUGACAUCAUCUACAUGGUGUCCUUGAUCGUAACAGAAUGCCAAGAUAAGCUGGACUUCAAAAAAAUGUUGAAAAAAAGGGGUCCUCCGGCUCCUAAGAAAAAGGAGAAGAAAGUGAUCGGUGAAAAAGAGAUGCUAGAGAUUCUUUCCAAGGUACCCAGGAAGGACUUUGAGAGGGUCUGCAUGGAAUACGGCUUCACCGAUUUCCGAGGACUUCUUAAGAAACUGAAGGAGAUGAAGAAAAAAGUAGAAGUUGAGGCUGUCAAGAUUCUGAAACCCCUGGAAGAUGUUACUGCUAAGGUCGACUCGACAGCAGUAUUUGACUGCAUUCUGGAACUUAGGGAUGCCAAUAUGAAGCUGACAUGGUUAAAGGAUGGCGAUCCUUUGCGUCUUCAGUAUUGCCUAGGCAAAUAUGAAACAAAACAGAUGGGCACUAAGUUUAUGCUCUAUAUCACCAACGUGACUGAAAAGGACAUGGGCACAUACACUGUUUUAGUAGGCGACAAGCAACUCUCUGCAAACUUGAACGUAAUAGAUGAGCCCCUGAAGUUCUUGGCAGACCUGAAACCUCUGAAAAUAACAGAGAGGCAGACUGCUGUGUUUGAAAUCCGCCUUUCCAAAAAGGUGCCUAACUUUGCCUGGAAGUUCAAUGGGAAAGAGCUGAAGCGAGAUGACAAGUAUGAGAUCAUCACGUCUGAAGACGGCUUAACUCACACCUUAAAAAUCAAAGAUGUCCGCCCAAGUGACAUGGGUGAAGUUGCUUUUGAAACCGGUGAUCUGGUGACCAAGGCCGAGCUUUUCAUUGAGAGACCACCAAUUAAGUUCAUCAGAAACCUGAAGAAUGUCCGGGUCAAGGAGAAGAGCAAAGCUUGCUUGGAAUGUGAGCUGACCACCAAAGACGUUACCCUGAAAUGGAUGAAGAACGGAAAGGUGAUUGAGAGGUCUAAAAAAUUUACCAUGAACCAUGAAGGCAAGAUGGCAGAGCUGAUCAUAGAUGAUGCGGAGCUGAAUGACUCAGGAGAAUAUAUGGUCAUUGCCAUGCAAGAAAAUGACCCCACAGAGUACUACAGCAGCUGCAACGUAACUGUGGAAGAGAGGUUUGCUACAGUCAAGAGCGGCUUAUCAGAUGUCGAGGCUUCAACAGGCGACCCAGCAGAGCUCUGCAUUGUCUUAAACGAUGAGAGAGUGGAAGGCGUUUGGCUGAAGGAUGGGAAAGAGAUUACAGAUAUGAAAGGAAUCCAGAUUGUCAAGCAGGGAGCUGUCCACAAACUGAUCAUUGACAAAAUGGGAGCGGAAUAUGAAGGGAAGUACACUUUCAGAGCAAAAGGAGUUGAGAGUGAGGCCACCGUUAGCGUUGCAGAUCCCCCUUUUAUUGACCCAUCUGUGCUGGAAGGUUUAGCCGCCCACCCAGUGACUGUGAAAGCGGGACAGACGGCCUACAUCAAGGUCCCCUUCAAGGCCAAGCCCCUUCCCAAAGUCACCUGGUUCAAGGAUGGCAUUGAAGUGACGGAAGAAGAGAGGCUCACCAUGGAAAGGACUGGUGACCAAGCUCUGCUCACAAUAACGGACUGUGUGAGGGAAGACAGUGGAACUGUCAUGCUGAAGCUGAAAAAUGACUGCGGAACAGCCAUUGCUCAUUUGUACCUCAAUGUUAUUGACAAACCAAAACCACCACAAGGAAAAGUGGAAUUCCUGGAGAAAUCAGGAAAGUGUAUCAAGAUGAAAUGGAAAGCGCCCAAAGACAAUGGAGGAAAGCAAGUGACCCACUUUAUUAUUGAACGGAAGAUGGUUGGGAAAAGAUCCUGGAUCAAAGUUGGAGAAAUUGACAGCAAGCAAACAACAUUUGCCACGGAUAAGGUAGAAGAAGGGAAAGCCUACCAGUUCCGAAUCCUGGCUGUGAAUUCGGAGGGUGCCAGUGAGCCCCUAGAGACAGAAGAAAUCUUUGCUGGGGAUCCCAUAGAUCCUCCAGGACAAGCUUCUCAGCCUCAAGUUACUGAUGUUACUAAAGAUGCUAUUACCAUUACCUGGAAUCCUCCAACUCAGGAUGGUGGUGCCCCAGUGAUGGGAUACAUUGUAGAAAGAAGGAAGAAAGGCAGCAACCUUUGGGUUCCAGUGUCCAAAGAACUAAUCCAAGAUACGAAAUGCAAAGUGGACGGCUUGUUGGAAGAUACAGAAUAUGAGUUCCAAGUCAUAGCUGUGAACCGAGCAGGACCUGGUCAUCCCAGCUGCGCCUCAAACUCAGUUAUGGCAAAAGACCCCAUCAAGCCUCCUGGACUGGUGAAGGGCUUGCAUGUAGCUGAUUCUUCCAACUCCAGCAUUUCCUUGGCAUGGCAGCCACCAGAUGAGGGUGAUCCCCCGUCCGGUUACAUACUGGAGAUGCGGGCUCAGGACACCAAGGAAUGGUCCAAGUGCACCAAGAUCCCAAUCUCCGGAACCAACUACACAGUGGGGGGACUGCAGGAAAGACAGAAAUAUUUCUUCCGGAUCCGAGCAGUGAAUGAAGCUGGCGUAGGAGAACCAAUUGAGUUGAAAAAAGGCGUUCUGGCCAUGCCUCCUCCAGCUGCUCCAAAGUUUGAUCUGAGCGUCAGGCUGAAGAGCCACAUGGUCGUGCGUGCUGGGACUGCCCUCUGUAUUCACGCCUCCUUCACCGGCUCCCCUCCGCCAGCGGUGGUGUGGCAGAAGGACGGGAUUCCCACCAGAGGGAAAGAGAGCAUCACCAAGGGCAAGAACCACUCCCAGUUCCUCAUCCACAGCACCAGGCGCUCCGAUUCUGGGCUCUACCGGAUCGUGCUGAGCAAUGACUAUGGAGAGGCCCACUAUGACAUCCACGUGCAGGUGACAGAUUUCCCAAGGCCGCCAACCAACCUGCACCUGUUUGAGGAGGUGCCCAAUACCGUCACCCUGAAAUGGGAUCACUCCCCGGACGUGAAGGAGGAUGGGGGCGCCCAUUAUGUCAUCUUGAAACGCGACACGAGCACCGCCACUUGGUUCACAGCAGCAGAAAAGGUGUACAGCAACAAGUACACAGUCACUGGCCUGCUUCCUGGCAGGAAAUACUUCUUCCGAGUCAUUGCCCGAAACGACAUUGGUGACAGCGACCCUCUGGAUUCAAAAGAUUCCUGGCAUAUCAACAAAGACAGAGAACUUUUCCAUGCCAAGAUGAAGGAAUAUCAUGAGCGCGACUGGCGCCACGCGCCCCAGUUCAUCACCCCACUCAAGAACCAUGCGGUGCGCCGGGGCCAUGAUUGUACCAUGAGCUGCGCCUUCUUGGGGAACCCCCGCCCUGUGGUGACCCUCUACAAGGGCAACGUCAACAUCACGGCCAACUCCAAAUUCUGGUACAAUUCAACCAGCGGCGUCUGCACCCUGAUGAUCCCCACCUGUGGUGCCAAAGACAGUGGGGAAUACUCCAUAUUAAUCGAGAAUGAGCUUGGGCAAGAAAAAUGCAGCUGCAACUUGACAGUGUAUGACAAAGAUGAUAAAAGCCUUUUGGAUUCGGUGAUGGAGAGCCUGCCAAAGUCAAAACACCUCAUGUGA